CAGCAUGGCGAUUAUUUAUCGGUGGUAAUGUGUGACGAGAUUUGUAUCGUGUGAAAGAUGCCGUGGUGGUUGUGUUGAACGGUCAGACCAGCUCCGAGACUCGUUGGUUGAAAUCGCGUAGCUUCGUGUGUGAAAGAUGGCGUGAACUGAAGUGUACAGUGGGAAGAUGCUUGGACGAUGCGUCUUGGCGUUCUGCGGGAAAACUCAUAGCAUUGAUCUAUUUUUCAUGAUUUUUUGGACGUAGAAUGGCAGCUCUGUUUAGUCGUAGUGUCCUGAAGGUUUCAGUUGCUCAGAUAUGUCAAAACAUUGGCUGGCACGCCGUGCAUCAGUCAACGUUGGAGUUGCUUGCUGACAUACUUCAUCGCUAUGUACUUGAAAUCGCCAGGACAGCGCAAGCCUAUUCAAAUCAAGAUGGGCGAACAGAGCCCAACUUGGAUGAUCUCUCACUAGCAUUCAAUGACCUGGGCAUCCUGCUGAGCGAGCUCGAAGAGUACAUUAACAACGUUGAACCCGUGGCUUUUGCCAAGCGGGUCCCUCACUUUCCUGUCGCUCGGCCCACAAACCUUCCGCACCCCAAACCUGGCAGCCGGGAGCUGCUGCAGAGGCCCGAGUGGGUGCACGAGUUCCUGCCCCCUAUGCACCCUGAGCUGGAAGAGGAGGAAAGUAUGCUCCUGUCUCCUGGCUCGGGCAUUGAUGGCAUGAAAAGAGACAUGGCCUCCAACAGUGCUGGUGAAGAAGUAUCUUCUCCUCAGGGCAGUCCGCAACCCAUGAAGCGAAAUGCUGAUGGCACGGAGACUCCCAACCCCAAGCGCUUCAGGCUCUGCACAGAGGAAGAGGGCCAGCCCAUGCGAGAGGUGACGAGUGUAUUCAUGACACCUUCGGGUUUCAUCUCGCCAGCUCGAGAGGGCAAGCUACCCGAGCCAAGUGCUCCAUCGUCGUUCAUCAAAACCCUGCCAGCUGGCAUGGCCUUUGACUCUGAUUCCUCAGACAGUAUAGAUGUGCCACACAAGGAAGUGAAGCUGAAGGAGCCGAAGAAAACGAUUAAAGUGAAGAAAGAGGGCAAGGAUGGCAAGAAGGCCAAGACGAGCAAGAAGGACAACAAGGAGAACACACAUCUGAAGAAGGCUGCUCCACUUUACGUCCCUUUUAUGAGCAAAAAGAGUUCGAGCAGCAACCCCAUGCUCAAGAUUAAAAAGAAGCUCGCCAAGGGCCUCAAGCUGUCCAAGGAACUCAAGCUGUCCAAGGAACUCAAGCUGUCCAAGGAGCUAAAGCUCUCCAAGGAUGGCAGCAGUAAGAUGACCAAGAUCAAGUCCAAGAACAAGGAGGGAAAGGUGAAGGAAGGAAAGAUCAAAGAAGGUAAGAUCAAGGAAGGAAAGAGCAAAGAAGGAAAGAGUAAAGAGGGCAAGAGCAAGGACAGUUCCAAGUCAAAAUCAAAGAGCAAGAACAAGCUGGGGAAUCCAGGAGGUACGGGAGGCUUGAUGGUCGUGGCCGGGCUGACGCCAAAGCCUGCGAAGAUUAAGUCACUUAACAAGUCCAAGAGUCCAACAGCUUCAAAAGCAGAAAAGAAGGAGAAGAAGAAGCAGGCAGCGGCAGCCGCAGCGGCUGAACCUCCGAUUCCUUUCUUAUUUGCACCAGUGCCGACACCACCUCCCCCCGCACCUGUUGUAGCACCACCUCCUGCUCCACCUCCUCCUGCCACUCCACCACCUGCACCAUCCUCACCGCCGGUGCUGUCUCCUCCUCACCUGCCUCUCUCAUUAACGUCCAUGAUUCCUCCCUCCAUGCUGUCGACCAUGACACCACUGCAAGUGAUGGCUUGCAAGGCAGAGGAGGAACGUAGCAAGCUGAACGCAGCUGCUGCUGCAGCCGCUGCUGCUGCGCAGGAAAGUGCGGUUGUCGCAGAUGACCCGUACGAGGACGAGCCACUUUCUCGCGAGGAGUCCCCAGAGCCGAGGCUCGUGAUUGAUGACUCACCUGAGACGCUUAGCAAGCAGGAGAAGGAGAACCGGCUGGCCGACAUAGAGCAAUGCAUUGACGCUGUGAUCCAGAAGGCACGUGAGGAAUCUCGGCUUGAAGAGAAGAGGGAGACCUUGGAGGCAGCCAUGUCUGGCAUGCUGAACCGCAAGCUGGAGCCACGGGAUGUCUACGACUUCACGGACUCGGACUCGUCACCGCCGCCGACGCCCAAGACGCCAGACUUGGUGGGCUCGCCAGCUCCAAAGAAGGAGGUCAAGGAACCUUCGCCAGAGCGUAUUCCGGGCCCGCCUGUCAACACGGAACACAAGAAGUCCAAAGAGAAAACUAAGGGCAAGAAGAAGUCGGGCAAGAACAAAUCAACUUCAGGAAUGCCAUCUCCAAAGAAGGGGCUUCCAAAGACUCCGGAAAUGAAAGCAUCUCCUCUCAUCGCCCUGUCCCAGCGGUCAGAGACAUCCCCAGAACCGGCACCCAGCUUCUCGGGUGUGUUUCCCUUCUCCCAACAACAGCAGCAGCUGCAGCAGCAGCUGCAGCAGCCUCAGCAACAACCCCCUGGUCCCCUGUUCUCGCCGAAGUUUCCUGCCUUUGGGUCGCCGCCGACUCAAGGUUUCCUGCCGGCAUUUCCGUUCUCCUCGCAGCUUCGGGCAGGCACAUCUUCCCACUUCCCAACACCCCCGCUGUUUGUGCCACCACCUUCCUCUCGGGAUGACAUGUCGCCAGCAUCCUCCCCUACGGCACCUCCCCCUGGAGGAGGCCUUAUGGGUCCUGUGGUGCUUGGUGGGAGCCCCUUCGCUGUCAAGACUUUGGCUGAAAAGAAAGCCAUACCCCCUAUUGUGCCGUCCACGAGCCGAAUGGAUGAAGACAAGCCAUCCUUCUCUAAAGCUGAAAAAGAUGGUGAAAAGUUUUCAAUGGACAAAUACUGGAAGCCCGGACUGAGGAAGGGCAGGCUGUCAGCAGCCGUAAGACGUGUCGUCAAGAGCAAAGCCAAAGAGAAGAAGGAGAAGAAGGUGGACAAAAAGGAGCACGUGAAGAAGAAGCCAAAGGAGAAGUUGAAGGAGAAGCCGCCCAAGGAGAAGAAAGAAGGGAAGGCCAAACUGAAGGCCCCCGAGAAGACCAAGGCGGAGAAGAAGACAAAAACAAAAGUUGGCAAGGAGAAGGAGAAGAAGAAGGGAAAAGAGGAGAAGAAGAAGGACGACAGCAUUCCCAAGAUCACUGUGAAGCUUGGAAGCACUCCCAAGCCCAGUGCAACAAAAAUCCUCUUCAAAGCACUGGCCCAAGGCGGUGGUGGCGACUCUCCCCCGGACCCAUUUGCAGCAUCGCCGCCGUCCUCUCCAGUGCGAGCCCGCAGCCCGUCACCACCAGUGCUGACUCCUGUGGCUGCGCCUCCGCCACCCCAGCCGCAGGCAAGUGGCCGGGGCAGCAAGGCGUCGUCCAAGGCCUCCAAGGGUGCGGCUGCCGCACCCCCUGCCUCCCAGCAACCGCAGCUGGCCGAGGCUGCCUCUCCUCUCCCCACGGCCAGGAUGGUCAUCACCGAGACCGUCGGCACCAUUGUGGAUGAACGAGGAAACAAAAUCUGGAUAUGUCCCGCGUGCGCCAAACCAGACGAUGGCAGUCCCAUGAUCGGCUGUGACGAGUGUGAUGACUGGUAUCACUGGGUGUGCGUGGGAAUCGUGGUGCCCCCGAAGGAAGAGGAGAGCUGGUAUUGCAACCGCUGCAUUGCCAAGAGGCAGGGGGCCCUGGCCAAGAAGAAGAAAAAGAAGCACCGUAAGGACAAAUGAAGUUGCGGCGCCUCUUUUCCCUGGGAACAGUGGCGCAUCGCACCCCCCAGGUCCUGGAGAAGCACAACCCCCCCUCCACCCAACUCUCAUCAGCGUACCCCAACCAUUCAUCGCACCACCUACUUCGUCCCAUUUCUUCAUUUCGUUCUUGGAACGCGCGCCAUGAUCACAAGGCGACCUUGUGGCUGCACGGUGAAACGUGUUGACUGCACCAACCGCUGCCACGCGCGAUGUGCUCCCUCCUUGCUCAUGUACUUCAGUUUUUUUUUUUUUUUCUUUAAUUAAAGAAGCCACUCCCCCCCGCCCUUUUUUUUUUUUUUUUUUUUUUUAAUGGACAGCCCUCAGUGACUUUGAGCUGUGUUACGUUCACCUUAUUUGGACGGAAGAGAGACAGUUGUUGUCCCGACUUCGGUGAGGUCUCUUGUGCGAAAAAAAAAACAAAAAGUGGUGCCACGCAGUGAAUCCCGUUCCUCGUCGAAGUAGUAUGUAGCACAUGUAUACCCUCGGGGUAAGUGUCUCAUCAUUAUGCCAUUCAUCAUCACUCUUCCACCGUUCCCAUGUACCUAGUUUUACUUGGCGCAUUCACCGUACUCACGUUUGUUAUCAGUUGUUACGUGCGCUGUCGGAGGCGUACUUACAACUUGGUUUAAAAUUUUGCUGCCUCGCUGUUUACAAGCAGCCACUGGUCUCCUACACCACGAGGCUUGUUCAUCCUUUGUGUACCAUUCCUUGUGUUGUGUGCGCUCCAUUGUGUAAUCUUGCCAGGUCCGCUAAUAAUAGUGCGAAGCUGCGAGGUUCACCUAAGUUACCUUGGCAUGGGAUCUAUAAAUAGGUGCUGGGCAUGCUGUUUUAUCAUUGUUUUAGUUGUGGUAUUUUGUUCACACAAUAGUUAUUUCAUCCAAGGUUUCCAUGUCCCAGUGAUCCAUUGUGUUUAGUUCCAUUGAUGUACUAUUCAAUCCAUUAUUUAGGAGCCCUGGUUUAGCAAGGUUAGCCUAGCUCUUUUUUUUCUUCGCUGUAAGACAGUUUAUUAGGAAGGAUUUGCUGCUUUAUAGUGCACAUGCGUUAGUGCUCGCUUGUAGCCUGUGUCACAGAAUUGUACUGUCCUAACCUCAUUGCCAGACAUAACUCAUGUAGCUGGUUUCGGAGUGCAGCAGCUGUAAAUAUAGCAUGUGCAUCUAUUUAUUUGAACUACGCACCUUACUUUACUGCUGUUUAAAACUUAUAUUGGAGGCAUUUUGCUGCUGGCAUCGUUGCUGUGUUCACAAUUAUAACACUGCAGUUUUAGUUCUGUACAGAAAAAAAAAAAAAAGCUUGAGGUUGAUGUUUCGACGGCGAGUGGCUGGCUUACUUGAACUGUCCAAUGUCCAAAGAUUCGUAGACAUGGUUCGUACCAGUGCAUUAUUGAUUGUGUCAUCUCAUGGCUCACAUGUCACUGUUCAUGUGUUUGUUCUUGACGGCGUGUGUAUUUAGCACCCAAACAACUUUGGAGGUUCAGUUUAGGGAGGUUUCGCUUGUGGUUGCUGGUUCUUCCUGUUUCUUUUUGUUUCUGCAUGGGCACAUCACAUUGUAACGUAUGGUAUAAAAUGAUGCAGACUUGCAAUAGUUCAAGCUCGUGCAAUUCCAAAUUCCUGUUGAUUCAAGCAAAUUGCACAGUUAUGGUUGGCCUGCCAUGUUUUCGGUGCAUUUUGAAGCACCAAUUCAAACCACAUGAGCCAAGGAUUUCGUUAUGUAAUUCAUUUAAGCCUUGCCAGGCAGAGGAAUGUGUCCAGAUACAGUCGACAUCAAGACAUUAGGUUUGGACAGUUUGAUAUGCAGGCUGCUGCAGUGCUAGUAUGAAAUAGUGCUACCCAACCAGGUGGUCUCUUUAGAUUUGACUGGCUACUGCAUAUACAGUUUUGUAUUCCUAUUCCGAUAGGAUAUGCUUUCAAGUACGAUUGGGUCUAUUUAUCUAUUGGUGUAAUUAUGUCUCGGACUCCAUGUUUUAUUUGGCAUUGGAUUAUUCAAACAAACUCUGUAAUACCUACGAGAUUGAAUUGAUGCGAGCAAAUAGUGCUGAAAAAUUUAGUCUGUAGUUGGGCGGUUACCAUGUUGCAAAUGACUAGUACAGUGUAGACAGCUUAUAACGUAAGUCGCCGGAGUCACGAAUAUCCGCACUAUAAGUGGUACCACACCACAACCAAAACAACUAUUUUAUUGCGAUAAUGGACACUCCAGGUGCAUUUCUGCUGUCGCUGUCACCGUGCUCUAGGUUCCGUAUUCGCUUACUAAAUAAAUUAACAAGCACAGUGUUACGCGCGCACAAGCAAACAUGAACACAUCUCACUCGUUAACCGAGGAAACGAACUGUUAAAACACUCAAGUGACGAAGCACGGUGAGCGAAUUGACCUUCGUGCUAUCAUGCCUCUCGCUUCAACGCGACCUAUAAGCGGCGAAAACACGGCGCGCAGCGGACUUUCCUCGUCCAAGAUUGCUUUCAAGAUAGAGCCAAGGCGAUCGUAUCACCGAAGUGGAUCGUCGCAGAUUACAUCCUGCUUCAGUCCCCUGAAACCGUUCCGCAUUGCUUUGCUGGCAAAAAUCCUCUCCUUCAGUUUGUGCCAGCCUCGAACGCAAGUUUCAGGUUCUCUGAACGCCCGUGAUGCAGCCUGAUUUCUGUCCGUCUCCGCACACAUGAUCACUUUGCUUUUAAAUGCGGCAUCAUGAUGAACUCGGUACUUCAUGCUGAUAGAGCAGACGCAGAGAACGUUAAGACAGAUGGUAGACUAUUGCCUAAGCACGUGUACUGCAGCACAUGGAGGAAGCUACGGUAGCUAGGCUCGAGAGUAGCUAAGAUCGACGCGCGUGCGAGGCGGCCAUUUUGAAAUGCCGACGGGUAUAUGGUAAUGCAGAUUUAGGGUCGUACUAGAUUCUAACGCGCACAAAAUUUUUGGACCUGUUUUAUUGGAAAAAAAGCACGUUAGAUUCGAGUAAAUACGGUGUUUGUGGCUUGAGGGGAGUGUGUGCCGUCUACGUUGACUGCCAAACUUCCAGGCAGCCGCACUGUAACCGGUAUUUCGUGUCCCGCAACUGCACUAUAAGCGAUACGCGUAUACAUAGAGUGCUAUGAGAAAAUUAACGGGAGUCUGAAAAGACCAUAUUAUAUCCGGUCCUGCACUACAAGCGGUUACGUUAUAAGUGGUCUAUACUGUAGUAGCCAUCUUACAAUAUUGUAAAAAACAAGAUUUCGUGCUCCUAUUUUUGCAUAUGCCACGCAUAUGAUAGGAUGAAACGAGUGUUUGCAAAAUACUCUAAAAUUAUAUUGUAAUGAUUUUCUUUAGGAAUAUAUUGCAUCUUGAUAUCGUACUCUGUUACCGUAGGGUAAUAUGCCGAAAGCAGAAACUCAUUGAAGGCUACUCUAGAUUUUCUGUGUGCAUGAGUGGCUUGUAUAUACAAUCGAACCUCGAUAUAAUGAAUUAUUGGAUAUAACGAAGUAAAUAUGAAAUGUUUCUUGCCACUGUCAGAAUGUACCAAAUACAUGCUUGUAAGGAAUAUUAAGUAUAACGAAGGUAUUUUCAUGUUGCAUGCGGCUUCGUUAUAACUUGGGGUCAACUGUACAUGUUGCUUGUGAGAUUUGAUCCUUUUUCAACAACCUAGAUUGCUGGAACGCAUUGCCUUCAGGCUGUCUGACAUUUUUGCUUGCUUUUUGUGUAGCGUCACGUCUGUUAUAGCUCUGAUAGCAUCAUCUUUAUAAAGGUUCGCAAAUAAUGCUUUCGUUUCCUUCUUUUGUUGCUUUUGUCCAAUCCUGCUUGCACCUAAGACUUUCUUUUACUUCACAUAUACGACUGACGGUGCAUGCUGGUGCUUUGGUUGCCGCAGUGUCACGGCCAAGAAUGCAGCACAGACUUUUCUCCUCAUGUGGUCUCCUUCUCCGCCUCCUCAAUCAUGGUCUUAGCAACACCGAGAGUUAAAUGAAGCCCUGGGUUUUAUUUACACUGCCGUCAUUGGUGGGCCCACUGCUGUCUGCCAGCAAUGCUCGAGAAUAUAGGUUGUUUCCAUUGUGCAGCAUGUAGGUACCUCUCAGGUUCCUUUCUGAUGGGUAGCACUCUGUGUCAGUGUAUUGCUUUCUUUGUAGUAGCUGGUUUGUCACUAGAUAUAUUGCGCUUCAUUUUGUAGCAUUUGCUGGUCAAAGUUGGCAGGAACCAUUCAUGUCUGAUAGUUCUGAUUGUUCCUGCAUUCUUAGUUGCCUUUUCAUGACAUUGGUUGCCUGUGUAGUUUUCGUUGAAGAGGUACUAUUUCCUAAACAUCAGCUUUUCGUAAAUUUGCAAGCCCGCUGAGGUACUCCUACGUCCUCGUGUCCUAGAAAAUGCAUGCAGACAAGGUACAGGUGCAAUAAAGUUUUAUUAUGUUGGCAUAAAACGAAAGCAAUAUGUAUAUUGGUGAAGAUGCUGCACCUUAUUUAUUUUAAGCGCAGUCGGUCAGUAACUAAGUGACACCUAUAGCCAGCCUUGAGUUAGCUGCUGUACAUAUGGCUUCUUCUGGAACUUCUGUUUGGCAUAAGUCAAUACUUCUCACAAUUGUGCAUUGUUGUAAAGGCAAACACCAUAGUCAUUGCUCGAUGAAAAGCACAAAGAAGGAAUAACAGGGUUCGGAGGCACCUGUUUUGCAAUCACGGAACCUGCAAAACAUUACGAGCUGCACCCACUUUUGGAGCACUUGGCUUAGAAGGAUUGGCCUAUCCAACCACAGUUUAGGCAUCAAAAUGUAUAAUUGUAAGCUGCUUUGGCAUUGUCUACUUUUUGGAAAUUAAUCUGGUACAAGCUGCACAUGUUGGUGAAACAGGAGAGAAGUCUGCAGGGGCAGAGGCAUUGGCCAAGUGUUGUUAGAUGACGCAACAAGACAGUCUGAGGAGUGCUUCCCAGGCAUACAACUGGGAUAAAAAAGUAUAGUACUUUCUUUUUUGAGAAAUCAACGGGAAACGAUGUCUGUGUUGCCAAGUCUGGAGUGAGCAGUUCAGUGUUGCUAAUCUGUUUCGGCCAGAGCUCGCAUCUUGCAUGUUGUUGAGCAGGUGGAACAGUUAUGGCCGAUUAUGUACAGGCCACUAAUGUAAAAACUGUCCUUUGUUUAGUUGUGUUUUGUGUUGCUCAGAUUGCAUGUUUUUAUGGUGCUUUUUCUGUUAUUUCUCUCAUGCAAUCCCUCUUGAUUGCAUGAAAACUGAUGCUCCGGUAUGGGAUUUCUCAUUAUCCUCGGCACUGUUGUUACCAAGGGUCGGCAACUUAAGUUUCUCAUAAUUAUGCCCAUUUUUUUGCAGUCUGUAUUAAAGAUUGUCUUAUGUGUUAAGCACUUAAGCAUGCAGACGCUAAUUUUGCAGCGUGGCUGUAAUUGCUGCUGCGAGCUGUUUGCAAGGAGGGACAGAACAUGUACAAUUUUAUUACAGAUUUUUUCUGCUGCAUAUGUUGCUUUUAGCACUUUGGAAGUUAAAUCAUUUGUCCAAUAGUGCUUGUAUUAAUCACGGUUAUAUGCAUAUGAAUUAAAGAUGCUGCUACAUCAUGGCAUAAAGUAAAAUGUUUCUCACAUUCUCAUGAUUGAUGAAGUGCAAAUUGAUGCAAAAUGAAAUGCACUGAAGUGCAAAUUAUAAGCCACUCAGUACAAAAGUUGGUAAUAGCUGCUCUUAUACCUCCUGAUUUCAUUGCAGUACCCAUUUCGGUCUCAUGGCACCUGGUAUACAUUCAGCACUCAGUUUUUAAACAUACCUUUUGGUACAGUAUAUCGGGUUGUGUUGACUUGGCUGUCUUGUUUUGGUGUGUUUGCAGCUUCACAUGUUGCUUUCAUGGGAGCUCUAAGUUGGUGUGAACCAACUGUGCUGUACAUAUUUCUGUACAUCUUGCUUUAGGUAACUGUACUAUUUAGAAACAGUGCAGAUGCUUUGGUCAAGCUUAUUGCUAAUACCGUUUUUACACUAACAUGAAAAGCUUCUUGCUACAUUCAUAGUGAUGAGAAAUCCACAUUGAUUAUCAAAGUGCUUUUUUUUUUUUUUUUUGUAGACUAAGAGGCGGCAAUGAGAUAAAGAUAUUAAACUGUGCAGAUGUUAGAAAACUAAGCUUGAAUGUUGUUGUAGCUUAAAGCAGUUAAGUCAAGGACUCUCUCUAGUAAUUAGCAACUGCAGAUGUAGAACCUGAUUUUAUAGACGUAUGAAGUAACUGUAGUGGAUGUUGAGUGCUAGCAUGUCCAUGUGCCACCAAGAAAAAAAUCCAGCAGGAAGAAUGUAUAAACAUAGCAAAUUGUUAGCCAUCAUUGGGUGCCUUCUAUUACUUUUGUGUUCUUUGUUCUACUGGUUCACAAUUCCUUCUAUUAUAAUUUAUGCCUUGAUGGAGCUGAUGUCAGUAUACACAUGCUGUGAACAUGUGUAAAUUACGUGUCCCAUGGCUUUUCUCUUGGAUAGCAGUACAGUGUCUGACUUGCAUGCUUUUGUCACCUCCGCAACAUGCAAUCCCUGGUGAGUGAUUGUCUUGGUACCAAUGUCCUAAAAUUUGAAGAUCAUGUUUGAUCAGAGCUCUAUUGUUCUUUGAAGUUGAAAGUAAGAGCUGUUUGUUUCAACUAUGCUUAUAAUUUGCUAGCAUCGAGUGUGCAGUGGCAUGCCUCAAGACUUCUUUCCCAAACUGUGGUCCUUGCAAUAUGCUGAAAUGCCUGUAAAGCCGUACUGUAGUGAAUGUAGUCUAUCCUUUGUAGUAGCACCACAUUCACAGGGGACUGUCUGACAUACAUUAUUUCAUGGUGUGUGGCUUAAGACUUGGAUACUUGAUUUCUGAUAUUUUUUUGCACAACCUUUAUGCUAUGUUUGCUCGUCUCUCAAGAAAGGAAUGUAUCAUUCAUGUAAAGAGAAAAAAAAAAUGAUCAUAAUCCGGAACACACCUGCCAUUUGUUCACUCUGCUGUACGAACGACAUUAAAGAUAUUUUAUUCAUUCUGUAA